AUGGAUCCCAUUCCAAUCAAGUCCAACUGCAUCGAAUCGAUUGAUCUCGACCUCUUCAGAUCGAUGAGGCCGAUCGCAUCAAGAAAAAUCGAUACUCUCGACAAGCGAUCCAGCGCAUCGCGACAAGCGAUUAACGAUUCCACCAUCAUCACCCCCGAAGAUACAAUACCAAAAGGAGAGAUCGUGACUUUCCACGAGCACAAAACUAAAAAGCUCGAUAUGCCCCAUGACGAUGCCUUGGUGAUCGCAUUGGAAAUCGAAGGCGCCGUCUUUUCGAAAAUCCUCGUCGACAUUGGAAGCGCUGUCGACGUCAUCUCACAAAAAACGGUACAGGCGUUCGAGCAACCGAUCCCAAUGAUCAGACGAGAAACGACUCCCCUCGCCAGCUUCGAAGGAAAGUCGAUCCGUUCGCUUGGGAUCAUAUUAUUAACCACCAAAGCUUACUAUCUGGAACUGAAAGCAGAAUUCACCGUAGUCGAUCAUCCUAUGCCCUUCGAUGCCAUCGUAGGGCGCCCCUGGUUGCACCAGAUGAGGGCGGUCCCCUCGGUUUACCACCAAUGCGUGAAGUUUUUAUCUCCAACCGGCGAGAAAACCAUACUCGGAAGCCAAAAACAAGCCAGAGCCUGUUACAUGUCUGAAUUCCGAAAGAUGCCACAGAAGGAGGAGAAUAUCCCAUGCGCACGCGACCUCUCAGUAAAAGAUCCCGCCAAAGACCUAUCGAGCAUCGUCGCCCUAGACGAGAGCUCCCCCGAAAAAGGCGUUAACAUCGGGAACGAUCUCCCUCCUGAAAUCAGGAACGACCUUGUAUCUUUCCUCAAGCAAAAUAUUAGAACAUUCGCAUGGUCUGCGGCAGACAUGCCCGGAAUCGACAUCAAUAUCACCUUUCACGACCUGAACGUCGAUCCUACGUUCAAACCUAUCAAACAAAAACGAAGGAAGCUAGGACCCGAACGGGCCAAGGCGGUAAAUGACGAAGUGGAUAAGCUCCUAAAAAUCGGCUCCAUUCGCGAAGUCCAAUAUCCUGACUGGCUCGCAAACCCAGUCGUAGCAAAAAAGAAAAAUGGAAAAUGGAGAGUAUGUAUCGAUUUCACCGAUCUCAACAAAGCAUGCCAAAAAGAUAGCUUCCCAUUACCGCAUAUCGACCGGCUGGUAGAAGCCACGACCAGUCACGAACUACUCUCGUUCAUGGAUGCAUUUUCUGGUUACAAUCAGAUUUUCAUGAACCCCGACGACCAGGAAAAAACUAGGUUCAUCACCGAGCAUAGGCCUGGGCAUUCGGGAACUUUCGGAGUGGCCUCCGGAGAGUUCCUCGGAUACCUUGUAACCGAAAGAGGAAUCGAGGCCAACCCGAAACAGAUCGCCGCGCUCAUCGAUACCUUACCUCCUACAUCGAUCCGAGAAGUACAGCGCCUCACCGGAAAAAUAGCUGCGCUGAACCGCUUCGUUUCUAGAUCGACCGACAGAUGCCUCCCUUUCUACAAGCUAUUGAAAGGAAACAAGAAAUUCGAAUGGAACACCGAAUGUGACUCCGCCCUAAAAGAACUUAAGACAUAUAUCAGCGAACCGCCCAUUCUGUCAAAACCAACCAUAGGAGAGACCCUCCUUUUGUAUGUGGCAACCUCCGAACACGCUGUGAGCGGAGUGCUAAUUCGCGAAGAAAGCGGAGAACAAAGACCGAUAUUCUAUGUAAGUAGAGUGUUGGUAGACGCCGAAACCAGGUACCCCUUGAUGGAGAAGCUAGCGCUAGCGGUAGUAACCGCGGCACGAAAAUUAAGACCUUAUUUUAAGUCGCAUUCAAUCACGGUCAUGACAUCGCAACCCCUACGGACAGUACUCCACAGUCCAAGCCAAUCAGGAAGAUUGGCGAAGUGGGCGAUCGAGCUCAGCGAAUACGAUAUCAAAUACAAACCGCGAACGAGCUCGAAAGCGCAGGUGUUAGCCGAUUUCGUAAUCGAACUCGUCCCGAAAGAGGACAGCGCGAAAUCGAAUUCCCUAACGUGGAAAUUACACGUCGAUGGGGCCUUAUCGAGGCAGGGAUCCGGGAUCGGAAUACAGCUCGAAUCCCCGACAGGGGAAAUGAUCGAGCAAUCAUUUUGCCUGGGAUUCAACGCAUUAAACAACGAAGCCGAAUACGAAUCUCUGAUCGCCGGCCUACGACUCGCACGAAGCGUUGGAGCUCGGGAAAUCAGCGCCUUCAGCGACUCGCAGUUAGUCACGAGCCAAUUCCACGUAGAAUACGGAGCAAAAAACGAAAGAAUGGAAGCAUAUCUCAUAGUCCUAAAAGAGAUCGCUCAACAAUUCGACAAAUUCGUGCUCACAAAAAUCCCAAGAGGAGAUAACACGUCGUCCGACGCUCUAGCUGUGCUGGCUUCAACUUCCAACCCAGCGGUAAAAAGAAUAAUACCGGUAGAGAAGGAAUAG